CAAAAGCUAUGAAAAAAGGGAAGAAGCGCCACCAACAAAUAGCAAAUGGUUCUCGGGCGACAGGGAACGCGAACGGUCGGAGACAUGAAGAGCAUGUGUCCCUGAAGAAGCAAAAGUUAGUGGACAUCCACCAGGCUCUGAACAGUGAUCCGGUGGGCAUUGAGACCCUGCGGAGGGCCGCUGUCACUGAAGGCGGUUUAUUGACAGACGAUAUCAGAAGGAAAGUGUGGCCCAAACUCCUCAGUGUUAAUGUGUACAAUUUGCCAGCAAAACCCGGUAAAGAUGUCAGGGAAAAUCACAAAGACUAUAACCAGGUCCUGCUGGACGUCAGGAGGUCAAUGCGGCGUUUCCCAAGAGGAAUGCGUGUGGAUGAGAGGGAGGUUCUACAAGAGCAAUUGAUUGACAUCAUCCUGGACAUUUUACGCCGAAACCCCCAGCUGCAUUACUACCAGGGUUACCAUGACAUCGUGGUCACUUUCUUGUUGGUGGUGGGAGAGAGAAUGACUUUAGCUCUGGUCGAGAAACUGUCCAAUCACCAUCUCAGAGAUUUUAUGGACCCAACAAUGGACAGCACCAAACACAUCCUUAACUAUCUGAUGCCGAUCCUGGAGCAGGUCCAACCAGAGCUGCAUGACUUUAUGGUCAGGGCAGAGGUUGGCACCAUUUUUGCCCUCAGCUGGCUGAUCACUUGGUACGGGCAUGUCCUCUCUGAUUUCCGGCACGUUCUGAGGCUCUACGACUUCUUCCUCGCCUCCCACCCAUUCAUGCCCAUCUACUUCGCCGCAGUGAUUGUGUUACACAGGUCAGAGGAGGUCAUGAGCACUGACUGUGACAUGGCCAGUGUCCAUCACCUGCUGUCUCAGAUUCCCCAGGAUCUGCCCUAUGAAGCUCUGGUCACCCGCGCUCAGAACCUCUUCACCCAGUGUCCCCCCACCCAACUGGCCCAGAGCGCCGCCCUCCAGCGUAGACACAGCAUUGCCUUCAGCUCCUUUAAAGAAUUCCAGAUAACCACGCUGCGCCAGCGUCCGGAUUCCAUUCUGCGUCAACAGCUCCGCAAGCGUCAUAGCACCCACCUGGCCCUGCCCACGCCCACCAGUGCCACGCCCACUGCCACCAAGCAGCUCAUCAAAAUGGCCGUUUGGGGCAUCUCGGCCACGCUGGGGGCGGCAGCUUUGGCCGUCGCCCAGACCGCCAUGGAUUGGGCCCCGGAAUUUCUCCUCCGGCUCUUCUGACGCGACGCCUCUGUCGCUGCAGCAACCGGACAUGACUAUGUCAACGGCCUUUCGGACAAAA